CUGAUGAAGAUCACAGAGAACUUCCUGAGGAGAAUGAAGCAGGAGGAGCUGGCUGAUCGACUGCAGAGCAGUAAGAGGAUUUCUCUGAAGAAGAAGUUCCAGUGUGUGUUUGAGGGAAUCGCUAAAGCAGGAAACCCAACCCUUCUGAAUGAGAUCUACACAGAGCUCUACAUCACAGAGGGAGGAACUGGAGAGCUGAAUGAAGAACAUGAGGUCAGACAGAUUGAAGCAGCAUCCAGGAAAGCAGACAGAGCAGAAACCAGCAUCAGACAAGAAGAGCUCUUUCAACUCCCAGCUGGAAGACAAGAACCAAUCAGAACCGUGAUGACAAAGGGAGUGGCUGGCAUCGGGAAAACAGUCUUAACACAGAAGUUCACUCUGGACUGGGCUGAAGGCAAAGCCAACCAGAACAUCCACUUCACAUUUCCAUUCACUUUCAGAGAGCUGAAUGUGCUGAAAGAGGAGAAGUUCAGCUUGGUGGAACUUGUUCAUCACUUCUUCCCUGAAACCAAAGAAGCAGGAAUCUGCAGCUUUGAAGACUUCCAGGUCAUCUUCAUCUUUGAUGGUCUGGAUGAGUGUCGACUUCCUCUGGACUUCCACAAGACUCGGAUCCUAAACGACCCUAGAAAGUCCACCUCAGUGGGUGAUCUGCUGACAAACCUCAUCAGGGGGAACCUGCUUCCCUCUGCUCGCCUCUGGAUAACCACACGACCUGCAGCAGCCAAUCAGAUCCCUGCUGGGUGUGUUGACAUGGUGACAGAGGUCAGAGGGUUCAAUGAUCCACAGAAGGAGGAGUACUUCAGGAAGAGAUUCAGAGAUGAAGAGCAGGCCAGCAGGAUCAUCUCCCACAUCAAGAGAUCCCGAAGCCUCCACAUCAUGUGCCACAUCCCAGUCUUCUGCUGGAUCACUGCUACAGUUCUGGAGGAUCUGCUGAAGAGCAGAGAGGGAGGAGAGCUGCCCAAGAGCCUGACUGAGAUGUACAUCCACUUCCUGGUGGUUCAGGCCAAAGUCAAGAAGGUCAAGUAUGAUGGAGGAGCUGAGACAGAUCCUCACUGGAGUCCAGAGAGCAGGAAGAUGAUGGAGUCUCUGGGAAAACUGGCUUUUGAGCAGCUGCAGAAAGGAAACCUGAUCUUCUAUGAAUCCGACCUGACAGAGUGUGGCAUCGAUAUCAGAGCAGCCUCAGUGUACUCAGGAGUGUUCACACAGAUCUUUAGAGAGGAGAGAGGCCUGUACCAGGACAAGGUCUUCUGCUUCAUCCAUCUGAGUGUUCAGGAGUUUCUGGCUGCUCUUUAUCUCCACCUGACCGUAUUCCCCUCUGCAAUCAACCGCACGAAAGAAAAGAAGAAAUCUUGGUUCUCUGAACUGUUUCAAAGCAGUCCAGUCCAGUUCUACCAGAGUGCUGUGAAUAAGGCCUUACAGAGUCCAAACGGACACCUGGACUUGUUCCUCCGCUUCCUCCUGGGUCUUUCACUGCAGACCAAUCAGAGUCUCCUACGAGGUCUGCUGACUCAGACAGGAAGUAGCUCACAGACCAAUCAGGAAACAGUCCAGUUCAUCAAGAAGAAGAUCAGUGAGGAUCUGUCUGCAGAGAAAAGCAUCAACCUGUUCCACUGUCUGAAUGAACUGAAUGAUGGUUCUCUAGUGGAGGAGAUCCAACAGGUCCUGAGGUCAGGACGUCUCUCCACAGAUAAACUGUCUCCAGCUCAGUGGUCUGCUCUGGUCUUCAUCUUACUGUCAUCAGAAGAAGAUCUGGAAGAGUUUGACCUGCAGAAAUACUCUACUUCAGAGGAGGCUCUUCUGAGGCUGCUGCCAGUGAUCAAAGCCUCCAACAAAGCUCUACUGAGUGACUGUAACCUGUCAGAGAGAAGCUGUGCAGCUCUGUCCUCAGUUCUUAGCUCUCAGUCCUCCAGACUCAGAGUUCUGGACCUGAGUUACAACAACCUGCAGGAUUCAGGAGUGAAGCUGCUCUCAGCAGGACUGGAGAGUCCACACUGUAAACUGGAGACUCUCAGGUUGAAGGACUGUAGUUUGACAGAGGUCAGCUGUCAAGCUCUGGGCGCAGCUCUGAAGAAAAACCCGUCCAAUCUGACAGAACUGGACCUUAGUGGGAACAAGCUGCACGAUUCAGGAGUUUUUCAUUUGUGUGGUUUUCUGGAGAGUCCAGACUGUAGACUACAGACUCUGAGGUUGAUAAACUGCAGUUUAUCAAAGACCAGCUGUGCUGCUUUUAUCUCAGCUUUGAAUUCAAACCUGUCCCACCUGACAGAACUGGACCUGAGCUACAACAACCUUCAAUCUUCAGAUGUGCAGCAGCUCCAGGAUCUGGUGGAGAGUCCAAACUCCAAACUGCAGACUCUGAGGUUGGAGGGACAGAGCUGGUUGGAGGGACAGAGCUGGUGGAGCUGGUUUUCCUGAUGUUCCUCUUUUUGGAUCAGAGAGGAUCAUCAUCAUCAUCAUCAUCAUCAUCAUCAUCAGCUGGUCUGCAAAGAUGUUCCUUGUAGGUUUAGAACAGAGUGAUAGAGGAAUCAGAAGAAGUGGAGAUGAGUGUCAAAGCUGCAGCAUGAACUGAUCUGAGAUCAGCUCCACUGUCUCUCUCAGCAUCAAGUGGACAGUUAUUGUGCUGCAGCUCCCCCGGUGGACUGAUGGAGAACUGCACAUCAUCUUCUCAUUCUAACUUGGGGUGUUGAUCUGAAACCCAAACCCAGAACUGCUCCAAUUAGUUUAGAUUUUAAACCAGUUUCAAGAUUUACAUUUAAUGUUUCCACUUGGUUCAAAGUAAACCUUAAUUGGUUUAUCUAAACUGAUGUGGAACAAUAUGUUAUAGUGUAAAAGUGAUUGUCAUAAAUUGUUACCUCUGAAUUUGUGUGUUUUAGUAGGACAGACCCUAACUAUGUGCUGGUGAUUGGAUUGAUGAGAGAGGACCAGAUAAAGGAAGACUUGGACCAGUAAAACAGCCUCAGUCUGAGGUCUAACAGUGAUGACACCAGCCUGGGCUCAUGGGCGUUUUGUAAAGAGUCUGAAACUCGUCUUUGUUAGAGCUGUCAUUUUUUUUAAAUAGUUGUCUCUUGUUUCUUUUAGUGACUAGGUGGUAAGCACGUAGGUUUGUUUUUUUUAUUUUGUCGGUUUUGAGGGAAGUCUGUUUUCUUUUUGUACAUAGGGGGUGUUUUUUAGAUGUGUUAACCUUGGCUCUCCCUCAAUUUAAGAUCCUCUUUUAAUAAAUCCAAGUUAUUUAUCUUCA